AUGGACAAAACACAUCGGACUUCUCGAAUACUUAUAAUUGUUGGUGUCUUGAGUGUUUUAAAUGCCUUUUUGGCCGGUUGUAUUCAAGCGGAGAAAUCGUAUCAUACGGAACACUUCACCAAUACUCACUGGAUCACUAUCAUAUCACUUUUUGCUGGUAUCGCUUCAUUUAUCUGUCCAUCUUUCAACCAUUUUUCCACUUCAUUCAUCCUUGCUAUCAUCAUGAAUAUAUUCGCCCUGGCUAUUUGUUCUGCUACAGUCAUUGCUGAUUUUUUUAAUGUAAUUUCUAUUUACAAAGAUUUCGAUACAUUAAUAAAGAAUGCUUUUAUUACAAAGAUACAGGUAUAUGGAUUACUCAGUUACAGUGCAAUUGAUAUGGUCCUAAGUGCGAUAUCGGUAGCAUUAGUAGCACUGAUACUUUCAUCUUGUCAUCGUAACUUCGUGGAUAUUCUGAUGGAAAGACAUUCCCUAUUAUUAUCUGUGAUCGGUUGUGCUCUCAUUGUGACUUCAAUGCUUAAAUUUUUUUCUUGGACUGCUGAAUUAUACUUUUUACGUUCCCUUGGCAAUGUAAUUCGUUACACAUUCAUACAUUAUACCACAGAUGAACCACUAUGGAUUAUGCUUAAUAUCGCACUUGGUAUUUUGUGUAUACUACGAAUUCCAACAAAUUCCCCAACAAGAAUAAUAACUUUUUGUCUCUCUUCAAUAAGUAUUUAUCCAACUAUCACUUAUUUAUGGAUUGAUUAUCGAUGGUUUUCUAAUGCUGUGAUUUCUGGAACAACAUUUGCGAAAUGGACACCAAACUGGUUGUCAGUCCUUAGUUUAAGUACUGGCAUUAUCCACAUUUUGUUGUUGAUUAUUCUUAUUUUAACACUUAUCAGUUCAUGUAGACAGCCACUUCAUAUGAAUUUCUCUCCCCAGUUCAAAACAUUUCUCUUCAUCUCAGGUUUCAUAGCAGGUGCAAUUUCCAUUGCACUUUUUGCAUUCGAUAUUAUAUCAACUCGUUUGGAGGCAUUUUAUAAAAUUUUUCAUGGAAAUGAGCAAAAAACACCAUUCUUGACAACCUUAGCUACCGCAUUCCUAUUCUUUGCUUCCACGAAGGAGGUCAAUUUCUUCGUAAUCCCUGCAUUACUAACAACAUUACUAUUCUGUAUUCAAUCAACAACCUUUCUGCUAAUCUCAUACCUCUAUCUGUCAUGGAACGGAUAUUAUGUUGAUGAAGUAUGUGAAAUGUUUUAUCGUGGUUCCGCUUGGUGUACCGGUUAUUACUUGACUAUACCUGGCGUCAUAUCACAUUUCAUUGAAACACUUUUAUAUUUUUCUGUUUUUGUUACAUCAUGUGGUAUGAUUUACAUUAUCUGGCGAGUGAUACAAAUAAAUCAACGUCCUGCUAUCUAUAAUGUUGAUGAAAAAAGUAUUGCGGCUAUAAAAUUGGAAAAAUUAAUUGAGAAAAUUGGUUUGGCUUUAUUAACUGCUGGUGCCGGAGUGCUCAUCGCUACUACGUAUGAAUUUAUAUGGAAUUCAUCAAGGCAUCCGUUAAUUGUUCUGCUUACCUCACUUUAUCAUCUCUCUCUUACUAUAACUCUCCUCAUUUUUCCUCUCUAUCAGAUUGUCGUUAGUCGAGAACUAUAUGCAAACUUGUUGCAUUGCACAUGUCUCCUGAUGAUUAAUGCAGUUCGUUUCGUGGACAUCCUAACACAGUUGGACUACCGAAACAUUGGUGAAGCGACAAGUUGGUCGUGGAGAAUACACAAUACAGCGGAGGUGUUCGCAUUAGGUGCUCAUUUUGCAACAAUCGUAUGGUGUCUUAGGAUUCUUGACAUAGUUAACAAUAUUAGGAUUUCUCAUAUGCCGCAACUUUUUGUGGAAUUCAGGAAUCCAUUGAGUACAGAUGAGGUGGCUGUUCAUAAUUACACAUAUUCGUUUCAAGAUGUGUAA